AUGAAUUUGGAUCAAUUGAGGAUUUGGACCAAUGAUCUGCGAUUGUCAAGUGGUUCAAAUGAUCAGGAUGAUAUUCUUGGGCAUGAAAUAAAACAAAAAGACGAAAAUUUGGACGAAAAUAUUGAUGAAAAUGUGGACGAAAAUGUUGACGAAAAUGUGGACGAAUUUUCCACCGACAUGACUAGUCUAAUCGGGAAGAGUCCUAGACUGUUGUUCCAAUGUGAUCGCGAUGACACGUACAGAAGUGAUGACUGGAUGGUAAGGGUGGUAUGUAGAACACAUAAUCAUGCCCCUGCAACAUAUAUGAAGGGACAUCCAUACCCCGGUCGGCUCUUUGAAAGUGAAACCCAGUUGAUGGUACAUCUGUCUACGAAAAAUGUGAAGCCACGAGAUAUUUUGACAUCGUUGAAGAAGCAUAAUCCGGACAACGUGUCUACCAUUAAGAUUGUAUAUAAUGCAAGCCAGAAAUUUCAAAUUGCAGAGAAAGCCGGUAAAACACAUAUGCAAGUUGUCAUGUCAUUCCUACAACGUGAAGGAUACAUUUUCAAGAGUCGAACAAAUGUUGUAACCAAUGAACUUGAAGAUUUAUUUUUCGCACAUCCAGGAUCAUUAGAGCGAUGA